AUGGAGACAGACCGCAGUUGGAUGUGCAGGAGCCACACAAACGGGCUGCUAACCACAGGGUACAAGGAGCAUGUGAAGGAGUUUGUCCGGUUUGCAUUACGGCAUCCGGCUUGUAUGAGUGGAGUACAGAUAAAAUGCCCCUGCCCUAAGAGAGGUUGUCGAAAUACAAACUAUCGGGAUGUCGAUGAGGUGGAAUUCCAUCUAUUGAAGAAUGGGUUUGUGAAAGAUUAUCAAGUAUGGGUUUUUCAUGGCGAGGGGAGCGUUUUGAAUCCCCCUCCCCUUGUACAGUUACCAGAGCAAGAUUUUGAGUUCGACUAUGAAAAUGAGGGGCCAGGUGAGUUCAGUUCCGCUCAAAGAAUGAUUCUUGAUGCGACCGGUUCAGAAAUAACGUUUCCUAAAGAAGAGCUCCCGAAUGAUGAAGCUCAGAAAUUUUAUGAUAUGAUGCGUGCGGCUGAAGAAGACAUAUGGCCUGGGAAUAGCAGACAUUCUCCAUUUUCUGCAUCUGCUAAAGUGAUGGAGAUCAAGUGUCGACAUAAGGAUUCAGUAGCUUUAGUAGACGACGUCUGCAGAUUGAUACAAGAGCUGCUCCCGGAGGACAACAAGAUGCCAACGAAUUUUGCUAAAAUUAAGAAGCUGGUCAGAGGUUUGGGGUUGCCGGUUGAGGUUAUUGACUGUUGUUUCUAUAACUGUAUGAUUUAUUGGGGGGAGGACGCGGGUCUAACGCACUGCAAAGUUUUAAUUAUGCGCGGUGGAAACUUGCUACAGAGCUUGUACGCUUCGAAAGCCACUGCCCGACAUAUGAUGUGGCACGCAGACCACGAGAUGGAUGGUGAUAAGAUGUGCCACCCGUCCGACUCUCCGGCUUGGAAAUGUUUCAGUGAGCUGCAUUCUGAGUUUGCCAAUGAAGAUGAGUUUAUGUUUUUAACGGUUUUGGUACCGGGGCCUAGAAACCCGAAACAGCUAAUGGAUAUCUUCCUACAGCCGCUGAUUGCAGAGUUGAACCAACUGUGGGAAUGUGGAGUCCAGACAUAUGACGUUCAUAAGCGUCAGAAUUUUCAACUAAAAGCGGCUCUUAUAUGGACAAUAAAUGACUUUCCCGCUUAUUCUAUGUUGUCUGGUUGGAGCACUGCUGGUAGAAAAUUUUUGCCUCCGAAUCACCAAUUCCGCCGAAAUGUUACUGAUUUUCGUAAGGGGAAACGAGAGAGCAAAGGGUUUAGAGGGGUGAGAACUGGAGAUGAAUUGUUAGCACAGAUUGAUCGACUGGGGUUUAAGAAGGCAUUUGAGCCUGGUGCGAAAGUUACUAAUGCAUUACUGCCAAAAGAUCAUGGGUGGGAUAAAAAAAGGUUAGCUAAAGAUCCGGCAACUGAGAGAUUUCCAAAGGCAAUGUAUGCUUUCGAUAGGGAUUCAAAACAAGUUUUGCGUGAGUUGAUUCAGAAAAUAAAGUUUCCAGACGGGUACGUUUCAAAGUUGUCUAGAUGUGUUGAUCUAAACGGGCUGAAAAUGCAUGGAAUGAAAAGUCAUGACUGCGAUGUUUUUAUGCAACAACUUCUGCCAAUCGCCCUUCUGGAGCUACUUCCGAAAAACGUGUGGGAGCCUCUAACAGAGUUAAGUAUCUUCUUCCGAGAGUUAACUUCCACGUCACUGUCACAGGAAGAUCUAAACCGUAUGGAAACUGAGAUCCCAAAAAUCUUGUGCAAGUUGGAAUGUAUAUUCCCACCCAGCUUUUUUGACUCUAUGGAGCAUCUCCCCGUGCAUCUUCCGUAUGAAGCUAUGAAGGCAGGACCGGUUCAGUAUCGCUGUAUGUAUCUAUUUGAAAGAAAUGAAACUUGUGAUAUGGAUAUCGAUGACGAUGCCGACAGACUGGGAAUUUUUAAACCUAAGGGAAAGCCGUUGCGUGGUAGCGGUAAGAGAUAUCUUGAAGACGAUGAGAUCAUCGCUGCUCGGACCUAUGUUCUUCUGAAUUGUUCUGAAAUCGAAGAUCAUCGAAAGAAUAUGGGCAGGAUCAACUUACAAAUGAAUAGCGGUAUCUGCGUAAGGGGAACAGAAUAUGUUGAGGGUGAAAAUGACUUUUAUGGAGUGUUAACGAACAUAAUUGAGUUAGAGUAUCCAGCUCUACCAAUGAAGCAGACCGUCAUUUUUAAAUGCAAAUGGUUCGACCCUACGGAUACAGGCACAUACACUACCAAUCGAUACAACUUGGUAGAUGUUAAUCACAGACGCAGGUACAAUAAAUACGAACCGUUCAUCUUGGCAGAACAAGCUGACCAAGUUCAUUACCUUCCAUAUCCAAGUAGAAGACGGGACAAAGUAAAUAGGUGGGCAGUUUGCAAAAUUAAGACACGAUCAGAACUUGACAUGCCCGAUGCGAUUAUCCCGACCUUUCAAGAGAACAUUGAAGAAAAUCCCCUUAUAUUUGAAACGGACGACAAUCCCAUAAAUUUCGAUGACCUGAAUGAGUUUUUGUUACUUGUAUUCGUUACUAUUGUAAUGAAUAAGUUAUAUUAA